AUGUUAGUUGAACGAAAGACCUCCAAAACCUCCCUGGGCUACAUCUCCACCCCUCUGGUCGUGCCCGGCAGGAAGAGACCAAACCCGGCCAGCCUCCGCCCCUCCCCGAGGCCUCUGGUUCUGGUCACCAAGCCUCCAGAGGAACCUGUUCCCAGACCCACGGCCGAGCAGCGGACCACGACCCCGGGGCCCGACGAGACCACACCAGCGCACGGGCCGUCGCUGUCGAGCCGGACCCCCAGCUGCUACUGUGGCCUUCUCAUCCUGCUCCAGGGCCAUCGAGGGACGUCUGGAGCCCAGGGCACGCCCACCGUGCACGGCUCGGAAGACGGGCUUCUGCCUCCCCCCCUCAGACCCUUGAGAGAGCCGAUGAGCACGCAGCCCACCGGCUCUCAGGCAUAUGCAGGGCAGCCUGCGGCACACACUACUCCGGUGCGACACAACGGCCUGGCGCCACGGUUUGGCAACGCCACCACCACACCCACCACUACCCAGCAUGCCUCAGGGCUGGAUCUGACUUCCAACUCAGAUUUGACACGCGAGCGCGACCUGAGCCCAGGCACUAAGAAUACAGAUGCAUUACACAUUCCCAUCAUGGAGGAUGCUUCAGGUUCAGAGGUGGAGCUGCACUCUGCUUGGGGAUCAGAAACAGCGGCCAGUGUUAACCCCCACAGGAGUGCGCUCGUGGACCACGAGCAGUACGACAGUUUAGCCAUCGAAACAACCGAGGAUCUGGGAUCGGACCCGGCGUCAACGCUAGCUCGCCUAUUGCUGGCCCAGAUAGAGGCUUGGAUUCCUGGGGAGAGAAAUCCAUGCUCCCCUGGAGUGGGCCACCACAACGGCAACACCCCAACGAAAAACAGACGCCGCGCUCGCAAACCUCUCAAAGCCAACGGGUGGUCCGACCUCAGCGGGGUCAAAGCCCAUCUGGGCGGUCCUCGGCGGCAGCGGCGAUGGCGAUGCGCCGGUCUCGCCCGCGCCCCCCGUAGGCGCCGACUUCCCCCAGCGUUUGACGAUGACAAGAGAUCCGCCGGCGGCCUCUCUCCCAGCGCCCCUCUGGGCCCCGUCCUCUCCCUCCCCCUCGCCUCCGUCUGUCGCGGCCCGCCCCUGGACUCCAAGGGCCUGUUCUACAGGGUAUCUUUCGUGGUGGAGGACGAGGACUCUGAACUGGAUCAGGGCGAUCUGGAGCUAUCGGUCCUGCAGUGGCUGAACGAAACGUUUGAGAGCUGGAGCGAUGGUGUCUACAUAGAUUACUUAAGUGUACUGGCAGCCUCAAAGCAGAGAACUUCCAGCUACACCCUCCAGGCCCUGCUGGUGUACAGCCACAGCACCAACGACAGCCUGGGGGAGGCGCUGGUCUCCUCCCGGCUGUCCAGCAGCGGCGGGUCCAUGGGCCGGGGGCUGCAGCUCCAGACUGACAGCAUCCAGGUCAAGGCCAUCGAGCACUGUCCGGAGGAGAGUCCUCUCCACUACCGCUGGCCCAAGACCCGGCCCACCACCACCCAGCAUCUGCCCUGCUUCCCCAACAAGGAGGUCAAGACGUCCAGGACCUGUAUGAUCAGCUCUCAGAACCUGUCGUCCUAUUGGUCCCCCCCAGACCUCAGCAACUGUACCGACAUUGAUAACAUCGAGCUGUCAGCAGAGAAUGCAGCGGAGGUGGCGGUGCAACUGGCUGACAUCACAAACAAUGCGCUGUCCGAUGAAGAGGUGUCUAAGGUGGUGACGAAGGUGAAGGAGCUGGUGAACCUAGUGAAGGUCAACUUCACGCUGGCCUCCACUGUGGUCACCAUCAUCUCCAACAUCAUGACGGGCUCAGAGAGCAUGCCGGCCGCCGCCUCCGAGAAGGUGCUGAGGACAGUGGAUGACCUGGUCCAGAAGAUAGAGUUUGAGGGUCCGUCUGUCAUGAUCUCCUCCAGACACCUGGCGGUGGCAGUCUCAGCUCUGAACGCCAGCAGCUACAAUGGGACCUCCUUCAGCGCCUCCAUCCCCCCCAACAACACAGACCCCCAGAUCAACUUUGAGACGGACAGCGGUCAUCCUCUUGCCCAGGUGACCCUCCCUGCAUCCCUGCUGACCAGUGACAGCCUGUCUGAGGCGGAGCGAGACACAGUCGACAGGAUCAACUUCAUGUUCUUCAGCAAGAACAACUUCUUCCAGGGGGAGCAGGACGGUCUCUCUCUGAACAGCUACGUGGUGGCGAGCAGCGUGGGAAACCAGUCCAUCAGCAACCUGCCGGAGCCCAUAGAAAUACACAUCACACACCUGUUCUACCAGCCCUCCCCGAACCCAGUGUGCAUGUUCUGGGAUUUCACCAUGAAAGAUGGGGACGGAGGCUGGAACAGAGAGGGCUGCAGGGUUUCCCCAUUGUCCAAUCACAACAAGACUGUCUGCUUGUGUGACCAUCUCACACACUUUGGCAUCCUCAUGGACAUCUCCGGAGCCGCGCCCCAGAUCGACCAGAGGAACACCAAGAUCCUGACCUUCAUCACCUACAUCGGCUGCGGCGUGUCGGCCAUCUUCUCAGCGGCCACCCUGCUCACCUACAUCGCCUUCGAGAAGCUGCGUCGCGACUACCCUUCCAAGAUCCUGAUGAACCUCAGCACUUCCCUGUUGUUCCUCAACAUGGUGUUCCUAUUGGACGGCUGGCUUGCCAGCAUGGACGCUGAUUGGCUGUGCGUCUCGGUGGCCGUGUUCCUGCACUACUUCCUGCUGACCACCUUCACCUGGAUGGGCCUGGAGUCUAUCCACAUGUACAUCGCUCUGGUGAAGGUGUUCAACACGUACAUACGCCGAUACAUCCUCAAGUUCUGCCUCGUGGGAUGGGGUCUUCCGGCGGUGCUGGUGAGUGUGGUGGUGGCAGUGGACAGGAAGUCGUACGGCAGGCAGGAGUACGGCAGAGGAAGUCCAGGAGAGGAGACGCAGGGGUCCUCAGAGUUCUGCUGGAUCCAGAGCCCGGUGGUGUUCUACAUCACGUGCGUGGGCUACUUCUGCCUGGUGUUCCUGAUGAACGUGGCCAUGUUUGUGGUCGUCAUGCAGCAGAUCUGCGGCCGCAACGGCAAGCGCAGCAACCGCACGCUGAGGGAGGAGGUUCUGCGUAACCUGCGGAGCGUCAUCAGCCUGACCUUCCUGCUUGGUAUGACCUGGGGCUUCGCGCUGUUCGCCUGGGGCCCCGUCAACGUGGCCUUCAUGUACCUUUUCGCCAUCUUCAACUCUCUACAAGGUCUGUUCAUCUUUGUGUUCCACUGUGCACUCAAAGAAAACGUCCAGAAGCAAUGGAGACGAUACCUCUGCUGUGGCAAACUCAGACUGGCAGACAACUCAGACUGGAGCAAGACGCCCACUAACAACACAAAGAAAGUGAGCUCGGAAAACCUGGGGAAGUCUCUGUCCUCCAGCUCCUUCAGCUCCACCACCGCCACCUGGACCUCCAAGGCCAAGGCAACCCUCUACCCCUUCAACAAGAGACACAGCAACACAGGUAAAGGUUUCUACAACCAGGCUAGCCCCAAGUGUGCGUCCUCCUGCUCCUCAUCCUCCGAGCCGGAGACACCCCCCUCGUCCUCCUCCAACUCCAUCCUGCCCGUCAGCCAGAUGAUAGACAAGGUCAAAGGUUACUGCUCUACUCGCUCAGACAACUUCUACAAGAACAUCAUCCUGUCUGACAGCUUCAGCAACAGCACCAAGUUCUGAAGCUUUUGCAAGACUCUCUCUCUCUCUCUCACUCUCACUCUCACUCUCACUCUCACUCUCACUCUCACUCUCACUCUCACUCUCACUCACUCUCAUUCUCUGACCUUGUUUAAUCCUGUGUACCAAUCCUGAGGUUCCGCAAAACAGUCUCAGAAUGUGCAGCUCAAAUUGUUUUGUUUUUUUCAUCAACCGUUUUGUUGGCGGCAUAUUCAUGAAAGUUCUGGAAUGUAAAGCACCUCUUGCUUCCCAUUGGCUGACACAGCCAGCAAGCAAUUUUGAUAUAUUCGAUAUUUGCCAUGUUUUUAUAUUUUUCCCCUACAGUUCAGACUCCGGCCCUGGUAGUUUUUUGCGGUGUGACAAUCAAAAUGUCUUACGUUUUGACUUACUGAGUUCACCUGAAUCCAAGAAAAAAUACCAAAACCAAACAUUAGGCAUACAAAGUUGUAUUUGGACCUAGCCCUGCUUCAAAUAUGUGUUAUUUCGGCAUCCAUCUAUCUUUAGUUGUAGUGAAUACGGACAACAUAAUCUCAGAUCAGUAGCAGUCCUAUUGUGUUAUAGCAGAACUUCUGGGGGAGAAUGCACAGAGCCUGGGCCAAAUCAAGGGGCAAAGAUACACCUUUUUUCCUGUUUCAUAACCGAAAUAUUCUAUUGAAGAAAACUCAGAUUGCAGCAACAUGAUUGGUUGAUACAAAUAUAAAGUAUAUAUAUAUAUAGUAUAUAAAGUACAGAAAGUGACACGCCCGUAGUCACAGAUAUGACCUUUUCUGCCAUCAGACUUAACAUUAAUCUAAAAUCUGAUUUGAGAGACUAGGGACAAUGUAACACGACUUCCAGUAUGUUCAUAUGUGUCAAUUUAGAAAAUACAAAGAAUUAUAUUUGAAACAUACAUAUUCUGUAACUUUAAGUGGUAGGAACAUAGUUGUGCGGUGAAUAAACAUAUUCACUGCGGAAAAACCUCAGACAUGGACAGCCCAUGGCCUCAUCUCUCUGAUGUCCUCCAACCAAUUCUCCCUGAAACUCUGGUUCGGAACCCCUGUAGUGAUUUCUCACAACUGGAGGUUGUCAUGAAUACUUCAGCCUUACCCUGAACCUCAGCUUUACCCAGGCUUCACCUCACAGAGGAAUUUCUUGAGCAACUUUCAGAUUUGACCUUCCUAGUCACCAGCUCUUAGUGAGGGUCAUCAGAUUGGAUGCAGUUCAACAUUAUUAAUUUAUUUUACAUUUGAAUUACUUCCUUCAUUGAAUAAUGUAAUAGUUGCCAACCAUGCCAUUUAACAGCGCUAAACGUAACCCCCGACAGACUAUCUCAAUACAGUGUCAUUGUUAUGUAAAAAUGAGCCUUAUAUAUCAAGCACAAUCUGUUGAUGCAAUCCUUCCCAGACUUUAAGUGACUUACCUGGGAUUUAAACGGACCAUAAAGUUAAUGUUAUGUUUGUUGGUAAAGGAUAUGUAAAAAGUAUUUACGAUCGCAUAAAGUCUUUCUUGGAAUCCACUGUUGUUCUCUAUCAUCCCCAUUGGUGGUCAGUUGGGGCGGGGGGGCUGUUCAGGCAGCUUUCAGAGAAGAAACCAGCGGGGAAAUAAAUGACAGAUAAGUAGUUUGCUAAUCACUCAAAUGUUUUUCAUUAUUUUCCCUCUAUCUAAAUACUGUGAGGUUUAAUGUCAAAACUGGUCAUGUGCAAAGCCACAAUUUGUGUAAAUAUCUUAUUUUAAGUGCCUUCUUUCUUCAUUACCUUAUAUGUGCCUGGAUGGUUGUUGCCGUUUUUUUACAUUUCCAUUUAUAAUACAAUGUGAUGCAGUAGAGCAGUGGAUGGGUCUUCUGCUAGCUUUAGAGCGAGCCCUAAGGUUCACUGCUAGCCAAAUGUAUGUCCCUAGCACCGCCAUUUUUGGUAUUUUGUGGUUUGUGGUUUUUUCUGCUAGCAAGUGCAUUCUGCUCUAUUAUUCACAUCCAUUGUAGCUAGUAUUUUUUUCACAAAGGGAAGUAAUAUUAUACUUUUUUAUUUUAUUUCUCAAACAUACUUGACUGUCCUACAGAUUUACAUACACAUGACUACUGAUAAUCUUUGUAGAAACACAAUGUCGUUCUUUGGUCCAACUUUACUUUCUUUGUUAAUGUUUAUGUUUUGUCCAUCACAAUAUCACUCUGUUACAUAAGAUAUAAGGUAUUUUCAUUGAUUCAAAUAUUUUGAAGCAAAUCAUUCGUCAUUCACAGUUUCCCGCUCUAUGAAUCACAAUUGUAGAUGGAAAAAAUAAAUGUAUAUCUUCAGUGUUUAAUUAAAUGUCUUUUGUUGUUUGUUUUGUUGCUUCAUAAAAAAGGGACAAUAAUUAUAAUUAUUUGAAAAAGGCUCCUUUUUUUAACAAAUGUUCAUCAGUUAUUUGCUUUAUAUGCUAUACUCUGUAAAAAUGAUAUCUGAAAAGUGCUUUCUUUCUUUACCGUAAAAGUCUUGAUAUGUUUGUGAAACUGUUUUUGGAAGCUAUAAAGGAGUCAUGUCAUGGUUGCUGUGCUCUCCUUUUUAUUGACUUGGUUUUGUUUUGCAUAUCAAUGAUCUAAUAACUAAAGACUGAGCUAAGCCAGAGGGAAAGCCAUCAAGCUUGUUACACGGACCCAGAUCAGACGGGCAGAGGGACUGAUUUAUACCAGACUCCCAUUGCAUGCCAUUUAUAUUGUGCAGAAAAUAUGUUAUACAUUAUUAUUACUAAGUUAAUAAAGUGAGUUAGGACACCUUCUUCAAUAC